AAAGAUAUGAUUGUAAAAUACAUGAUGAACGUCAUCCUACACUCCUUCAUUAGUAAAAUCAUAAAUGGGCUUUAUUUCGAUGACGCAUUAGUGAUACUGAAAGCUGAUUGGCUUGAUGGUUAUAUAUGCGGAAAAGAGCCAAUUUAAUCAAUCUCUAGAGUUUAUAAAAUGUCCGAUUUAUUCUCCCUUGUGCCUUUUUACACGCAUUUUGGACAGAAGCAAUGCCUACAUGAUCCAUUAGACUGUAAGUGCCUUAAUUGCGAAGUGGACGCUUUUGCUCAAUUAUGAAUAGGCUAAUGAAGAUUUUGGACACGAAUAUUUCCAAGGAUUUUAAUAAUAAUAAUAAUAAUAAUAACAACAACAAUAACUGUUCAGAAAGAAUAAAAAUUAUAUUUAUUAAAGAAAACGUCCAAAUUAAGUUUGAAACAGUCAAUAAAUGUGUUCAGAUUCGACGUGCGCUCACGCGCUCUUCUUAUGUGCACGUGCGUGCAUGCGAUAUGAGUGAUUCGAAUUUGAGUUGCUAUAGCGACGCGUGUUAUGAAUUCUGACUGAUUAUAUACACUCGAACCGAUCACUGUCUGUUGGUUGAGAGACGAGGCGAAUUUACAGACUUUUGCAGAGUAUUUUCUGUGCGAAUCUUGUGACUUUGAAGCUGUUGGAGGAUUUCUGAGAGGAGACUUUUAUUCUAGAAGACAUCGCAGGAUAUAUCCUUUUUAUAUAAAGUUACAUUUUUGAAAGAGUUCCUAUUAUUUUUGAGGAUACUUUUAUCGUUCUUCUCUUAGUUUAGAAGGAGUUUGUUUUUAUUUCUUUUUUUUUUAAUUAAUUUUUGUUUUGUUUUAUUUUUUUAUUUUCUGUGGAGGAGUAUUUCUGAGGAGAGUUGUAUUUUAUUGUAUUGCAUUUUGUAUUGUAUUUUGUAUAGUUUUUAUUGCAGAUUGCAGGAAGAUGUCGAUGGCUCACAUGAUGGGUGAAAGAGGAGGUCAGGCUGUCAGGUCCGCCGACAGCUUCGAUGGAUGGCUGUGCCCUCCGCUGCCAGGUCAAGUUCCUGUCGAGCCAAAGGAGGCGUUACGUGGCCUAACUGCCCAGGGUGCCAUGGAGGCUUCUCCUGUGAAAUGGAGCUCAACAGAAAAACCUACAGAACGCAGGAAGAGGAAACGAAUUCGUUCUUUCCUCAACAGGCCGUGGACGGCGAUGAAGAGUCCUUUCCGGUGCCGUUGCCCCUGUAGUGAUGUGGAUGUUGUGAAGCCUUUUGCCCCUUCACCAGAUCUGGAGCCAGAGCCUGAUCCCGAGCCACCGUCACCUGCUCCAGAUCACUCCGGCGUCAAGCCAAUUAAUGAAAAACCUACAGAACGCAGGAAGAGGAAAAGAAUUCGUUCUUUCCUCAACAGGCUGUGGAAGGCGAUGAAGAGUCCUUUCCGGUGCUGUUGCCCCUGUAGUGAUGUGGAUGUUGUGAAGCCUUUUGCCCCUUCACCAGAUCUGGAGUCAGAGCCUGAUCCCGAACCACCGUCACCUGCUCCGGAUCUGGAGCCAGAGUCUGAUCCCGAGCCACCGUCACCUGCUCCGGAUCUGGAGCCAGAGUCUGAUCCCGAGCCACCGUCACCUGCUCCGGAUCUGGAGCCAGAGUCUGAUCCCGAGCCACCGUCACCUUCUCCGGAUCUGGAGCCAGAGUCUGAUCCCGAGCCACCGUCACCUGCUCCGGAUCUGGAGCCAGAGUCUGAUCCCGAGCCACCGUCACCUGCUCCGGAUCUGGAGCCAGAGUCUGAUCCCGAGCCACCGUCACCUGCUCCAGAUCACUCCGGCGUCAAGCCAAUUAAUGAUUUUACUGUUUGUUUUUCAGAGUCCUUUGAGUCUCUUUAUGACGUGGGAGAGAUGCUUGGAUCCGGAGGAUUUGGCAGGGUGUACGAGGGAACGCGCAAAUUUGAUGGCAAAAAGGUUGCCAUCAAGCAGAUGCUCAAGAUUGACAACGAUCGUUAUCUUCAUAUUCCUGGGCACCCCAAACCUCUCGUUACCGAAGUGGCGCUGUUGCUGAUGAUGAGGCGAGAACCCAUAUGCCCCUACGUCAUACAUCUAUACGAGUGGUUUGAACAUCCUCAAACGUUCACUCUCGUUAUGGAGUACCCGGAACCCUGCGAGAGCCUGCAUGACUUCAUCGCCCGUAACCCUCGACUGUGUGAACCAGCCGCACAGGUCAUAGUGCUACAGGCUAUGAUGGCGCUACUACACUGCCUCGAGCGUGGUGUUUUUCACCAUGACAUCCAUGCUGAGAAUUUCCUGUUGAACAAAGACACGUUUCGUCUCAAGCUGAUAGACUUUGGCUGCGGUCAGCUAUUUAGUAGUGAUGGCUACGAGAGCAAAAUAUACAUCGGAGCACCGACUUACUGCCCACCGGAAGUCCUGACCGAACCUCGCUUCCACGCCGUCCCAACAAAUGUCUGGGCCCUAGGAGUCUUGUUGUAUAAGAUGGUGAACGGAUGUCUUCCUUUUCGCAGUAGAAGAGAAAUCACACAGGCCAAAAUUACAUUUCAGAACUCCAGAUUAUCCGAAGGAAAUAACAUACUUGCUGUCCUUGGUGGAAGACUUGACCCGAAGCCUGAAGUCCAACCCCAACCUGACAGGGAACUCGGAGCCCGUCCACGUCUGAGCGAGAACACGAGAGACUGCGAGACUGGAACCAAAUCAUCAAGCAUCAUCACAGCCACAUUUGCUUUGUUUUAAAAUGAAUUUUUGCUUUGUUUUUUAAAAAGUCAAGACACCUCAUCUUUAUUUAUAUAGCGCCUCGUAUAUGACCAAUCUGUACAUAUGUAUAUAUCAUUUUUGAAUUAAAGAAAUGUUUUUUUUUAAACAGUCUCGGCCUAGGAGGAACCUUUGAAGUGAAAAGGCAAAGACCUAUUUUUGUGCUUCCCAAAAUAAAACUAAAUAAAAAUGUAAAUAAAACUCUA